AUGCUGCCUCCAUGGGCGAGAGCCAUAAUUGGCCAUCCGAUUCGCCUGGCUCUCGCUGCCGGAAAGACCAUGGCCGCUGCCCAUGUCUUUACAAGUUACUGCUUCGAAUGGGGACCUGCGGCCGGCCCGUCAAUGCUGCCGACUUUCGACAUCGCUGGUGAUCACAUCAUUGUUGACAAACGCUACCGCUACGGCCGCAAUAUUGUUGUAGGAGACUUGGUGCAUUAUCGAAUUCCCAUAUUCCAACGCGCGGAAGGCAUCAAACGCGUGAUCGGCAUGCCAGGUGACUACGUCCUCGUGGGAAGCCCCGAUGCCUAUCCCCAGAAAAUGAUGCAGGUAUGGCAGCUUGUGUCAUAA